CAAUUGUUACGGAAUAUAAAUUUUGCAAUGUUCCCAAGACCGAGGGAACACAUUGAAAAACAUUAAUUUCAUAAAGAUUUAUUUAAAUUAAAAACUUACAAAGUGUUUUGGUAAUCGCCUUAAACUUGAAAGUCCACAUUUGGUGUGUUUUCCUUUUAAAUUGAGAAGUGUCUUCGUUGCACAUUUAUUUGACUUUUUGUUUUGUGCUUCAUCUUCUUCUUCUGGCCCAUGUGGUGCUGCCAAGUUUGUCUUCAAAAUGCAUUGCUUCAAACUAAAUAGUGUGACAAGAUUAUGCCGAAGUCGAUACAGUUUAGCUGGAAUUAGCAAUGAAGUCUUCUGCUCUACCAAAACAAAAAGUAAUGAAACUCCAAGAAAACUACCACCCAAUGUUCCUGACUUGCGGGAGUUCCUCAUUGUCAACCGGGACUUGUCUCUGAAAACUAAUUUAGCGGCUCAAGUUCGUCCAGAUAUUCCAGCAUAUUUGGAAAAGUCAGAUUUCUCUGGCCUUAAUCGCAAAGUAUUCUUCGAGGUUUAUGGAUGCCAAAUGAAUGUCAGCGACACAGAGAUAGUGUGGGCAAUUCUCAAAGAAAAUCAAUAUCAAAAGUGUGAAGAUGCCAAAGAUGCCGAUGUUAUUUUACUCGUCACAUGUGCUAUUCGUGACGGGGCGGAGCAGAAGAUCUGGCAUAGAUUAAAACACCUCAAUGCAUUAAAAACAAAGAGAUCCAAGAAGAAGUCACCUCUACAAAUAGCUGUUCUGGGGUGCAUGGCAGAGCGAUUGAAGACUCAAUUGCUAGAAAAGGAGCAGUGGGUGGAUGUCGUUGCCGGACCCGAUAGCUAUAAGGACCUUCCGAGACUUUUGUCUUUAACUAGUCACUACGGCCAAUCGGCUGUCAAUGUCAUCCUGUCUGCGGAUGAAACUUAUGCGGAUAUUAUGCCCGUGAGACUCAAUACCGAAGCGCCAACUUCAUUUGUCUCGAUUAUGCGAGGUUGCGAUAACAUGUGUACCUAUUGCAUUGUUCCUUUUACGAGGGGACGUGAAAGAUCAAGGCCGGUGAGUUCUAUUCUUGAAGAAAUCAAGAAACUUGAAGAAAAUGGCAUCAAAGAAGUUACUCUGCUGGGUCAGAAUGUUAACAGCUACCGUGAUCUCUCACAAUCUUCCGUUCUACAUGAACAAAAUAACCUUGUUCCUGGAUUCAAAACUGUUUACAAACCCAAACAAGGAGGGUUGCGUUUUGGUGAGUUGCUGCAGCAAGUGGCGGAGGCUGUUCCCGAAGUGCGAAUUCGAUUCACAUCCCCACACCCAAAAGACUUCCCGGACAGUGUUCUAGAGGCAAUAAAGAAAUACCCUAACAUUUGUGAAAAUAUCCACUUGCCCGCUCAGUCGGGAAACUCCAAUGUUCUCGAGCGAAUGCGUCGGGGAUACACACGCGAAGUCUACAUUGACCUUGUCAAGCACAUACGUUCAACAUUGCCCAACGUAGCGCUAUCGAGUGACUUCAUUUGUGGAUUUUGUGGAGAAACUGAUGCCGAAUUCGAGGACACCAUCACAUUGAUUGAACAAAUUAAAUACAAUGUAGCAUAUGUGUUCGCUUAUAGCAUGCGAGAGAAAACCACGGCCCAUCGAAGAUUUGUUGAUGAUGUCCCACAGCAAAUUAAAAUGGAACGAGUGCAGAGAAUGAUGAAUGCUUAUCGCAAAGGUUCGGCUGAAUUGCAUUCUCGAAUGGUCGGUCAAAAUCAAUUGAUCUUAAUUGAGGCUAAAAGCAAACGCUCCGACGCAGAAUGGUUCGGCCGAAAUGAUGCAAACAUUAAGGUCAUUAUCAAAGAUUGUGAUUUACCUGCGAGUUCUGUUGGAGAUGGCGAGAAAAAGCCAAUAGCUUCUGGUGAUUUCAUUGCCGUCAAAGUUGUUGACUCCAACUCGCAAGUUUUAAAAGGAAAUCCUUUGCAUCAUACAACGAUACAAAAGUACCAUGAAAGUUAUACCACAGAUAGAUCAAGUAGUUGUACAUAAUAAAAAAAAAAAACUAGCAAAU